AUGCUCCCAUGGUUCCACCGCGAAUCACACCCUAACGACGUGUUGCCGCAGGUACUCUCUCAAUGCGAAUUGUGGGCAAAAUCCUGCAUUGCAAUGUACGAGUCUCGUCGAUAUACAGCCCUUGUGACGGAUAUCAAUGUAGAAGGCCGGUUGUUGCUGUGUCGGUUUCUUGGUCCUGUUAAUCCACCGGAUAUCGUUCCACAUCCCGGAUCAAAUCCACGACAAACAGUUGAAAUCGCUGCUCGUCUAAAGUAUAGAUGA